CGAAUUCACUUAGCGACCUCCUUCAACCCGGAUGUUUUGUGUCUGAGGAACUUAUGGAAGAAACCGGGGAUGGAAGUGUGAAUUGAAACAAGUUUAAAUGUUAUUUAUGUGAUAUAUAGUUUGUUGGUGACCAUGUUGCCUGACUCUGAAGGUUCGUGUCCGUUUGUAGAGGACAGUUUUAGUCGUUUUCCGUCACAGAGUAACAUAUACGGGCUUUGCCAAGCGGGAGAAGACGAGCUUCUGGCCGCGACGCUCAAAGGAAAAGUGGUUUGUUUCCGAUACCAAGACCUGCAGCAGAAAAUCCGACCUGUGGCUAAAGAGGUGCAGUUCACUUACAUACCAGUCGAUGCUGAGAUUGUGUCUAUCGAUGCGUUUAACAAGUCUGCCCCUAACAGAGGCCUGGUGGUGGGAAUCACCUUUAUUAAGGACUCGGGUGAUAAAGCAACGCCGUUCCUGAAUAUCUACUGCGAGUACGAGCCGGGGUCGGAGUUCAACCUGGAGUCCAUCGCUCAGAGCUGCCUGAACCUGGAGCUGCAGUUUACUCCCUUCCAGCUCUAUCACACUGAGCUGCAGUAUGACGAGGGUCACAGAGAGACCGUGUUCCUGCUCAGUGGACAUGAUCAGCGCAUACACCUCUAUAAAGAAAAUGCAUCCCUGCAUCAGUUUGAGGAGCAGCCAGUGGAGCGUUUCUUCCCCGAGCUGAUGGAUCUGCCCAGCAAUGUGCUGUGGAUGAAUGUUUUGAGUAUUGACGGCGGUCGGAGGCUCACAGCAUUCGGCUGUCAGAACGGCUGUGUGGGGCUCGCGCUCGUCAACCAGAGAGGACCUGAGAUCCUCCAGAGUUGGCGUUUGCAGCAGGACAGUCCAAUAUCCACAGUGUUACUCUUCCCUCUGAAGGUGGCGGCCCAGAACAGCAACACAGAUGAAGGUCAGGGGGAUCAGGUGACGGAGUAUAACCUGUUGGUUAGCAGCACUAUAGAGAUGGCGGUGGUUUACAGAGAUGUAGAGCGGUGUGGGGUGAGCAGGCCGGUGUGUUUAGCGGGUAGCGAUCAGUGUGAUGCUGUGCUGUGUGCCCUCCGUAUUGACCUGGACUUUGACGGACAGCUGGAGGUGCUGCUGGGAACGUAUGGACAGGAUCUGCUCUGCUACAAAUUCCAGCAGCCUACAGGCAGCACAGAGGGGCGGUUCCAGCUGGUGUGGAGGCGGAGCUUCAAGAGCCCGUUACUGUCAAUCAUCUACCUGGACCUGACUGGGGACGGAUUAAAGGAGCUGGCCAUUCUGACCAUAAAGGGACUGCAUAUAUUACAGCACAGUCUCAGCAGCACGGCUGAUCUCGUUCUUCAGCGGCUGGCCAACAGAGUGGCGAAGCUCUCCCCUGCCCCUGAAAUCCAGCCAGUCACAAAGCAGGAUACUGAACAGACUGAAGGAUGAUCACAUCAGGAGCACGUCAUCCCGAAAGCCUCCUGUACAGAUCUGUUCGUGCACUACGCGGGAUGUGGGCAGCCAGUUUGGAUUUCUCACAGUCGCUACAGGUUAUGUGUAGUCCAUGUUUGUUGGAGCGUCAGCCAUUUUAAGAAACGUCCUAAACAUUACAACUCAAACUGUUGAUUGUAUGGUGUCAUUAUGCAAGUGUUCACUGGGUAGUUGUGGGACUGUGUGUUACCCACAAUGCACUGCAAGUGGACAAUAUAACACUGAAAACUGGCUGCCAGCUGUGAGCUGGUUUACAGUGUAACAUUUAAAUCAUUGUUAACUGAACUGAAGUGCAAUGUUAGCUACGUUCUCUACAACACAUAACCAAAGCACAUUGUUUUAGCGUCUCUUUGCUCUCUUCUACUCGUUCAACAUUUCAUAUUGAUUUCAUGCCCAGUGAAACGCAGCUGGCUGAUAUCAGCUAAUAGCAUUAACCAUCUGAUAACAUCGACAAGAAAGCUUCUCUAUGAAAAACAUAUUUUUAAGCAGCGUGUUAUAUUUAUUUGAUUUGCAUUAUAAAUUGUAACAUUACAGAUGUGAAUAGUGUAAAUGAUACAUCAGCAAAAACUCCAGGAAUUCCACAAAUAAAGAAGUAAUAAUUCUUCAGCGAAAA